AUGGAUACUGUAACCCCGGGGACUUUCAUAUCGACUAAGUGUUUACCGACCACUGUCCAACUGGAAGGAAACGCAAGUAAUGUAGCUCAUUGCAUCGAAACAAAGCGAAAAAAUUCUACAUUCUUUCGAAAUGUGGAAUUUGUUAAG